UCUAGUGGUAACAACAAUAUUUUUCUGUCUGAAGUGAUCAAGUAAGGUGUGGAGGCUGAUGUUCUGUUUGACUCACACUCAGUGACUGACAUUUAACAGUUUACAGUUAACUCAGUGACACUCAGUGUGUGUGUCUGUGCGUGUGUGUGCGUGUGUGUGUGCGCGUGUGUGCGUGUGUGUGCGUAUGUGCGUGUGUGUGUGUGCCUGUGAGUGUGUGUGCGUGUGCCUUUGGGCUUUUAGAUGUAAGCACCUGUAAAGUAGGGGUAUGGAAAACAGUAUUUAACUGUGUCAAUUUUGUUGCCCUGUAUGUUUAUUUGCUGCAUUUGCUUUAAUGUACAUGAAUGCUUUGGUUUUUUUUUUUUGAGCAUCUGAUAUGAUGUGGGACUAUGUGUAUAUCAUCCAAUCAAGUUUUUGUUUCACGAGUCAAUUGGAAGCAUCCGCCAAUGAAUGCAUGGGGGCGGGGCCGGAAAAAAAGAAGAAACCCGCGAACGGGGUGAGUCUUGGAGAAGUGCGCACGAGGGGCGAGCCGGAGAAAUUUAUAUAUAUAUAAAAAAAGGGAUUGUUUGAUAACGAAAAGGAACUCUAACUAUUUGAGUUAUAACAUUUUUCUGGACUCUAUAGACGUGUGGAGCCGGUCGCGAACAUCGCGGUCUCACCGGCGAACAGCGGAUGUUUCACGUACAUUGCAGCUUAUGCUAAUAUGCUAACAACGUUUAGCUACACAAGCUAGCUACACGAGUUUGAGCAUCGCGCUAAAACACGGAUUGUGAGUCACAUUUGGUGAACUGGAGUUUCGCGGGCAAAAGGAUACCACGAGACAUCGCUUCGGCCGUGAGGACGGACAUUUUGUGAAUCAGAGGACCGGGAAGUAGUGAGUGAGAAGCUAAAUAAUAGCCACUGAACACUUCAGCUUGGUGAGUUGUAUCACGUGCACCAACGGGCCCCAACGACAAGCGCUUUGAGAACUAUUACAUUUGUUGUUUUAUUGAUAACCUAAAAGUAUUGUUCUGCACGACCUUUUGUGUCAUUCGAAGGCCUUACGAACGAUAAGUUUGAUGUUUUGAUGUUUUAUAUUUUUUGGAAUUUAGCCUUGAUGCUGCAGUCUGAUUAUUGCAGGAGAUAAAUAAUAAACUCUUAUUUGUUUAUAUGUUGUUAUAACUGGGUGUAGUGGCAACUCAUUCGCACACACACACACACACACACACACACACCAAGUUUAGGAUAUAGUACAGCUACUGUAUUUUCAUGUUCUGGUGAUAUACAUUAAGCACUGCUCACUACCAGUAAGUGUAGUAAUCACCAGUGGAGGCACCGCACUACUGUAUAUUAAUAGAGUUUUUUCGUUAGUCACUUCAAGUACUAUUUCUGGGUUUUAUUGUAAUUCUACAUAAGUACAAGGAGAUCAGCCAGUUCACCAUUCCACCGCUGAGAAUCCAGACUCCUGCUGCGCCAUUAUGUAUAGUGUAGCUUAACCCUAAAUAACUAGCUAGUCAGGUAGUAUUCGCUAUGGGCCAUGAUUGCCUAUGUUUCAGGAGACAAUCGCGGGUGAAAAGGGGGUUACAUUUUGGAGGCACCGCUGGGAUAACUUUUCCCAUAGUACUUAAAACAAGUAAAAAAUUAACCUGUGAUUAGUGUUAUUUGUGUUUUAGCUAUUUUCAUCGGCAUAGAGACAUUAAUAUGGACCUCACUCAGGCUGUUGAGUGGAGUCGGGAGGAGAAUGUGGUCUUGACACACAGUGUUAUACUUAGCAAGGUACCGCUGGAUGUUAGUAAUGACACGGUGAGUCAUGUACUUGAUUCAGUUAAAGUUCUAGGUCGGACUCGGAUACGUGGUCGGCAUGGUGACAAGACGGGUAAGCAUUUAUUCAUCCUAGUGGAGACUAGUGCAGAGCUUGACCCUAGUUCUGUACCCCCAGAGGUAGGCAUCACAGGUGAAGUAGGGCCCUGGCCUGUUCAUCUGGUGAGCCACCUGCUGACUGCGAGUCCUGCCCCUGAAGGGGAGGGUUUUGAGGCUAAAUUGAUGGCAUUAUUACAACAAGAGGGAAAGUCUAUGGGAGAUGUGAGGGAUGUUGCUAUGGGUAUACAGCCUCCUCAGUUAGAUGUUAAUUUAGAAUAAGUAAAUGCGUUAGGUAAGCUUGUGGAUCGCUGCACCCAGCCGAUUGUUGAUGUGCCCAGCUACAGGAAGCUGAGGGUGUUCUCGGGCAUAAAGCCUGUCCCUACAGGCGAAGAGGAGUAUGAGGUUUGGAUGGAGCAGGCUACACAAAUGAUUAUGGAGUGGCAGUGCAAUGAUGCUGCUAAGAGGCAGCGCAUUGUAGAGAGUCACCUUAUGGCCUCAUUUCGUCAUACCUUCCAGCAGGAGGGGGAAAAGCUGUCUGUUUUUCUUUAUCGCUUGGAUAAACUGCUCCACCGUGCACUUCUGAGAGGGGGAGUGGAUGCCACUGGUUUGGAUCAGGCUCGCCUGGAGCAACUGUUCAAGGGCGCACUCACCAAUAACCUGGUGGCUUUGCGUGUACGAAUGAUGCACACUUUGAGAGAUCCCCCGUCUUUUUCUCAGCUCAUGCGAGAGGUGAGAGAGGAAGAGCAUUGGGUGAGUGUUAGAGAGAGUACAAAAGCCUCUGUUGCCACUGCGGCUGUUUCACAGGUGCCUAUGACUGCUGCUGUUGGGGCUUCCCAGGCAUCAUUGACUCGGGUAGCAUCUGAGGUAGACAGUUUAAGGCAAAAUAUUAAGGAGCUGACAACGCUAGUGUCGAAACUUUUGAGCACGGCUACGGGGACUCCUGCGGGUGUUGCACAGAACGCUGUGAGCCCCAUUCUAGAAAACCCUGCUACAGCUGUCUUUUCAGAGGCUGUUGCCCUUGACAGGGCUGGGCCUUCUGUUCCUUCUUUGGUAUCUGGCAUUUUCUGCUAUAAGUGUGGGGAAGACGGACACCUUAAGCGAGAUUGUACUCGCUCGGAGAACCUUCGCUUGAUUAAUAAGAAGCUGCUCAAAAGGACCCAGGGAAGGGUGCCGGGAAACUUUCCUGGAGCUCGGUGAAGGAACGGCAUCGAGCU